AUGCUUGGCUACUCGUACUUUUGGCUCGGUCCACCGCAUCUGAAAUCCUCAGACACUUCAGCGGUCGUCUCUCGGAUUGCGGUCGGUGAGAACUCCACUCGCCAGAAAAAGAACAGCAGGUUCGCCGGGAGAAGAGCAGAGGACCGUCGGGUUGCUGCUACGGCGGUCUCACGGCGUACGGUGGUCAACAGUCGUGAACCUGGACAGAGAAGGCGGCGGGCGGCGGCGGCGGUUGUCAUCGGGAACAGGACGGUCGCGCGCGGUGGUCGGGUGUGGUGGUUGAGUGACGUGGUCGGUGGAGUGUCGCGGAACAAGAGGGUCGUGCGCGGUGGUCGUCUGAAGGCGACGGCGCUGUAA